AUGGCGGAGGCGGGCGCGGGGAGCCCGCACGGCGGGGACGCGGCGCCGCCGGGGCCGCCCGAGGAGCAGGAGCUGAGCCGGCGCCUCCGCCGCCUCUACCCCGCCGUCAACCAGGACGAGACGCCGCUGCCGCGCUCCUGGAGCCCCAAGGACAAGUACAACUACAUCGGCCUCUCGCAGGGCAACCUGCGCGUCCACUACAAAGGUCACGGUAAAAAUCACAAAGAUGCUGCCUCGGUCAGGGCCACUCACCCCAUCCCUGCAGCCUGUGGCAUUUAUUACUUUGAAGUGAAGAUCGUCAGUAAAGGUAGAGAUGGGUACAUGGGAAUAGGACUUUCUGCUCAAGGAGUCAACAUGAACAGGCUUCCUGGAUGGGAUAAACAUUCUUAUGGGUACCAUGGUGACGAUGGGCACUCCUUCUGUUCCUCGGGGACAGGGCAGCCCUAUGGCCCCACAUUCACCACUGGAGAUGUGAUUGGCUGCUGUGUCAACCUUAUCAACAACACCUGCUUCUACACAAAAAAUGGCCACAGUUUAGGUAUAGCCUUUACAGACCUCCCUUCAAACCUCUACCCUACAGUGGGUCUCCAGACUCCAGGAGAGAUUGUGGAUGCCAACUUUGGGCAGCAGCCCUUUGUGUUUGACAUCGAGGACUACAUGAGGGAGUGGAGGGCGAAGAUCCAGAGCACCAUUAAGCGGUUUCCCAUAGGAGACAGGCUGGGAGAGUGGCAAGCCAUGCUGCAGAAUAUGGUUUCAUCAUAUUUGGUUCACCAUGGGUACUGUUCAACAGCAACUGCCUUUGCCAGAGUCACAGACACCACAAUCCAGGAAGAACAGACCUCAAUAAAGAAUAGACAAAGAAUACAGAAGCUAGUAUUAGCAGGCAGAGUGGGAGAGGCUAUAGAAGCCACCCAGCAGCUCUAUCCUGGCCUCCUAGAACAUAACCCCAACCUGCUCUUCAUGUUAAAGUGCCGGCAGUUUGUGGAGAUGGUGAAUGGCACGGACAGUGAAGUGCGGUGUUUCAGUGCCCGCAGCCCCAGAUCCCAGGACAGCUACCCCGGCUCCCCCAGCUUAAGUCCUAGACAUGGAUCAAGCAACUCACACGUUCACAGUACUGGAGCAGAUAGUCCAACCUGUAGCAAUGGAGUCAUGUCCACAAAAAGCAAACAGAGUCACAGUAAAUAUCCAACACUGAGUUCAUCAUCUUCAUCUUCUUCCUCCUCUUCCCCUUCAUCUGUGAACUACUCUGAGUCCAAUUCUACAGAUUCUACCAAAUCUCAGCAGCACAGUAGUACGAGUAAUCAAGAAACCAGUGACAGUGAGAUGGAAAUGGAGGCUGAGCACUACCCCAACGGAGUCCUGGAAAAUUCAUCCACCAGGAUAAUGAAUGGCACCUACAAACACGAAGAGAUCCUGCAGACAGAUGAGUCCAGCAUGGAAGACAGCUGCCCCCAGAGGCAGCUCUGUGGAGGGAACCACGCUGCCACAGAGAGAAUGAUCCAGUUUGGGCGGGAGCUGCAGAUCCUGAGCGAGCAGCUUUGCAGAGAGUAUGGGAAGAACACCAUGCACAAAAAGAUGCUUCAGGACGCCUUUAGCUUGUUAGCUUACUCAGACCCUUGGAACUGCCCCGUCGGCCAACAGCUGGACCCGAUCCAGAGGGAACCUGUGUGUGCUGCUCUCAAUAGUGCUAUUUUGGAAUCUCAGAACCUGCCAAAGCAGCCCCCGCUGAUGCUCGCCCUGGGCCAGGCCUCGGAGUGUUUGCGGCUCAUGGCUCGCGUGGGCCUGGGCUCCUGCUCCUUUGCCAGAGUAGACGAUUAUUUGCACUGACACCCGAGCGGGACGGAGCUGCCGUCGUGGAGUGCUGCCCUUCACCCUCUGUUGCUGCCACUCUGCACCACCACCUCGUUGGAUAGCCUGACCUCCCUGCCACCGACACCCCUCUAGCACGCACACACUGCCUGUGCAAGGAUUGAGUCCCUCACUGUGUGGCCAUUCCUGACCCCGGGAAGACUGGCAGCUCUGCCCCGUCUCCCCGCCACUGCUGCGGCUCCAGCGGCACUCGGUAUUUCGCUGGUUAUUCUAAUGUAGCGCCUUCUGAUGUAGGGAUUUUUCUCUUUUGUUUUGAUUUGAGUUGUUUCUCAUGGUUCCACCAAUAUUUUAUCUGGAGAGUUUUGCUGAGCUGGUUUAUGCUGAUUUACUGAGGAAGCUCAUCAAGUUGGUGACAGCUUGUUCUUUUCUUCCCUUCUCCCUCCAUCGUGCACAUACAGCAUCAUCCGUGCUAGUAAUCCGAACUCUUCUCACAGUGGCAGUUCAGAGGGAUUUUUUUUUUUUUAUUAUUUUAUUUGAAUCAUGUUUAUUAAAAAGGUCUCUUCCACCUCCACAAAGUCACUGAUGUAUUUAUUACCCACAGACUCGGUCCACACACACCAUACGACCCCUCAGGGUGAGGUAGAUCCUGUCACUCUAAUGAUGGGAAUUGCAGGAGUCUGGUCCUUCGUGGUGCCUCUCUUUGGAGCCCAAAGCUCUCAAUCUUGGCUUUGUGAGUGGGAAGAGUAGAAGAUUGACAUUGCCCACGUUGAUGAUUGUGCUGUAGAAGCAUCUCAUGGCCCUGACAAAGAGUUAAAUUCAGCUCUGAACAGCUGGAGGGACAGGACUGAUGAAUAUGAAGUCAUCUGCCACUGUAUGGGUAGAAUCAGGUCAUGUGAGUUGGCCAGAAAUAUCUGUGGGUGAUGCCCUGGUGGGCUGACAAUUUUGAAUUAAGUAGCAAAUCCCCCUUUUUCUCCAUGGAGGAGGGCUCUGCCACUAACACAGUAAUAACAGUAUUUCCUGCCCUUUCCCAUCCCUGUAACACUGAUCUAAAUGAGCACUUCUAAAUUUUGGAAGUGUCUGUAGCAACCUGGGCUGAGCCGUGCUUGUGCUUGCAGGUGGGAAAGCUGAGCUCAGGUUGCUGCAGAUCGGGCUCAGUACCAGCUCUGUUGGGCCUGAGCCAUUCAGAAAGGAGCAGCAGGGUUUCUUUAGGGAUUAUUAAGAUAAUUAUCAAAAUUUCAGGCCCAAAAGAGACCAGCAUGGGUCUGUGGGUGAGUAACCUCUGAGUAAGAUGGACUAAUGUGUCCAUGCUGUGUGCCAGGCCCAGGGACUUGAGUGCUACCAAGCAUUCAGACCACCUGUGAGUGUUUCUGAGCAUGUUCUGUUACCUGGCCAGGCUGCCUGGCAGCACCAUGUGCUUUGCAUUCUCUGCUGUACCAUUAGGAGAUGGCAGGUUCAGCCUGGCUGAACAGGAGGAGUUGGAAUUCUGCACCAAAUUCAUUUUAGGUCAGUUGCUCUGGGGAGGACCCAAGGGAGCUCAAACCAAACAUAAAUGUUACCAUUCACAAUUUUUUAUUUUUUUUUUUUGAAGGUCCGUGAAAGAUGAACAGGUUUUGUUGAGGUUGCUUCAAGCACCAAGAGAGUUUGUGUGCCACUGAGAAGGAAAGUAGCAGCAGCCCAAAGCUUUAAGGAUUUUCUGGUUUUGCAGGACGGAUUUGCAGCUGGCACAUGAGCUCUGAAAUCAAGGCAGAGCAGAGGGGCAGGUGCCUAGGCAGGCUAUGGCAGUGAAUGUGCAGAUGGUGUUGGAGAUGGUUGGGAACAUUAUCCCUUCCUUGGAUGAAGGUGUGCAGUGUGUAGGGGCAGUGCUAGAGCCAUGGUGGUCUAAGAAAACAGGAGGUUUAGAGCUGGAGGAGAUACUUCUGUCAGAUCACAGGUACAGCUGCAAAAAGCAGAGGGAGCUCUACCACAGCCAUUCUUCUAGGGAGACAGAGAGCUGUCCCAAGAAGAAUUUAACUUGCCAGUCUGGGUCUUCUCUUCCAGCUCUGGGGAACAGCACAUGUGCCUGAAAGCUCAUCUGUUGCUUUUCAACUCUGCUGAUGGAUCUUAGCCCAGCCUGCUGUCCUUGCCCUGCUGCAAGUGCAGAGAUAUCUCAGUGGGCAGGUUUCCUUCCCAAAGCCUCUGGUCCCAGCGGUGCCAAGGCAGCAUGUGAGCUCUGCCUGGUAGGAUUCUACUGCAGGCUUUCCAUUCCUUAGACCCAGGCUGGCAGCACAUUGCUGGGCUGAUUCUGGGUACUGAGGUUGAAAUACUCCAGGACCUUGCUUUGCCUUCCCCUCUUGGCAGCUUCCUCUGCUGUCAGUCACCACUUUGCAGCAGUCUGGCUGCAGUCAGACCUCUCUCAUCUUUGUAGCAACACCAUAUUUAUCUCUUUCUGAGGUUUUUUUGGUUCCUUCUCUUUGUGGUUUCUUUAAACAAGUCUCUUCAUCAUGUGUCAUAUUAGUGCCCCAUUUGGUCUUUCAGCAAAGCUUUGCUGACUGUCCUAGAGCGCCUUUUUUAUUUUGGUUUUGCUACCAAAAAAAAACACUAAAAAAAUCAGCCAAGAGAUGUUCCUAGAUAUCUGGUAUUUUUGGUGCCAAAAAAUGUGUGAUGGAUGUUAUUUGGGUUUUUUUAAUUUACUUCAAGUGUUCUGGUGGUUUCACCAGUGGUUUCUGCUUCUUGUACUCAGAUUCUGAUUAAUGUGGCCAUGACUCAGUCUGGGGAAGAUAAGCAUGUUUGUGGUGUGUGGUGGCAUGUAGGCCCCAACCUACCCUUGAUUCCUAGAUGGGAUUUCUGAUAUGGUUUUCUCAGGUUGUAUUUCAAAGCCUCUUGCCUUUGAAUCUCCCUGGCUGCUCUUUGAUGGUUCAUGUUAGCUGAAACUUGGAUUAUUGAAGUGCUUUUUAAAAGCACAGCUAAAGUGAAAUGGGGUCUAUAACACUGAAUGUGGUCUAGAGAGCAGCAAACACUCCAGCUCUGUGCUCUGGACACCCCACCCAUCUUCCUGACACUUGGCACUGCAGCAAAGGCCUUGCAGAAGGAAAACAUUUCACAGGGACCUGGUGGAACCUGAUUUCAGGCCUACACAUCCUGGGCUUUGGGUUUGAGUCCAAUGCCCUGCCUGUUAAGUGUCCUUUUGAGAGGAGCAUUUUGGGAACUUCAGACCUGGAGCCUUGGUUAAAGUGUCCUUCAGGAGUUCUGUGGAAAGAGCUUCAUGAAGUUGAAUUACAUCACCAGGGUUCUCUCCCCAUGAACAAGAGUUCAUGCUGCCCCCACAAGCUGAGAGUGAGAGCAUCAAGAAUACAUUGGGAGAACUUCGGAGUGAGAUGCACUGGAGUAGCUGGGAUAAGUGUUUCUUGAAGGAGUAUCCACCUCAUACACCUGGUGCUCCAGUCUGUGAACAUUGUAGUGGCUCUGCUGGGUGCAUUCCAGUUUGUGGAUAUCUCUCCUGUACCAGGGGAGCCAAAUCUUCUUGUUCCUCUUGGAAUCAUCUUGUUCCAGAUGAUUUCUCUUGCUGCUCCAUGAGCCUACCUUAGCAAGUAUUUAACCAAAGCUAUUUUAAGGCUUAGAGGGUUGAGAGAGCUCUCAGUCAAGCUCUCCUGUGAGCAAGGAGGGCAGCAGUCUAUUUCCUCUGCAUCCUUCAGUGUGCUCCCAGAGCCAGCUGGUUUGGGGAAAAUUUCUUACUGCUACCAGCAAUCCUUUCUUGUUUCUCUGCCUCCCACAAUCUCAGUGUCCUCCCAACUGCAUGACCACAGUGGUAUCUGCAGUGCUGGGUGCUGUGGGAGCUGCUCCAAGACCAGGGCCAGCUGUGUGGUUCAUGUCUGUGCCAAGCACAGAUGUGGCAACUCCAGCUGCCCUUCCUGGCUUCUUCUUCCCUGCUGGCACAAAGGGGCAGGUCCGUCCCCAGGGUCACAGUCCCUUUUUGCCACCAUACACUGUCCCAUCAGCCUGCAGCUGGGCUGGCAGCACUUCUGCCAUUCUUCUGGGGUCUGUUUGGAGCUGAGCCCUUGUGUGUGGCCAGCAGAACAGAGAGGGACUCCCAGUGAAGCACUGGACAAUAUGCAGCAUCCAGCCCUUUAGGGAAGGUUGUCCAGUGGAUGCUCUCCCUCAGCCCCAUGUGAACCAAAGCUGGAGCUUGUUGCCUUGGGAUGUGUGAAAGGUGUGUGUGGUGAAAGAUGGGUGCUACAGCCUCUUUCUAUUUCCAGCCUCCUGAUGGUCCUCACUGUGCUGCUGCCCACUGGAUCUGGACACCAGGAGGUGCAGCUGUGGCUGCCAUGGAGAAUGGGCCCCUCUGGGAGCAUCAUUCUUCACGGUUACCUGCGCCUAAGAUCUUCCCAUAUUCUUCCUUCUCUUUUUUCACAGUCACAUCUCAGUCUGUCCUCAAGCUGUGUCCUUGUUUUUCACAUUUUAUUAAGGCAUCUUUACAAUUCUUUAAAUAACUUUGUUCUUGAGGCUGCCUUGGAAAACUGGAGCAACCAGAGCUGCUGGAACUAGUUCUGGGGAUUGAAUGUAUCGUUUUCCACCUUUGGUAUCGGGGAUGAUGAACCAUCUCCUCCUUCAGCAUUGAAGCUGUGCUUUGGUACCUGUCUGUGUUAAUACGUAGCACGUGUUGCUUAGACACAUAUUUCAGAGUUCUGCUGUCCUGGGGUUGAUAGAGGAGGUGACCUGUGGCAGCCAGGCUGUAGAGCAGUGUGUAGGUGCCAUGAAGCUGUGUGGUGCACCACAUGGGAUCAGCAAGUUCUUCCCAUAAAGCAGUGCAGACUUGAACUGUCCUGUGGCAGCAGGUGUCCCUCACGCUCCAGUCCUGGGUGCAGUGAGGCCUCGUCACACCUGGGAAAAGGAGCAAUGUCCACCCAGGAGUCCCCUUUUCAGAAGGAGCAUCUUCCUUCCAGCCCUGCCAUUGCGAGAGCAGCCUCAGUGGUGGGUCAGGGAGAGAGCAGAUCUCUUGUAGAGAGCGAGCGCUGGGUCUCCAGCUGUACCAAGCUGUUUCUGUGGAAGGACUUGGUGGGGACGUGGCAGGGGACAUGCUGGGUCCUUCUGUCCCAGAGGGACAAGUGAUGGAGGGAACUGCAAUCCAGCAGUUGGUCAGAGCCAGAGCUGGCUGUGACCCUUGUCCCAUCUUCUGUGUAGGGGCAGAGAGCUGGAGGAAGUGUUGCUGGGGCUGUGUGAGGGGAGCAGACUGGGAGGAAAAGGGAGGAGUUGAGAGCCUGGAGGCCUCUUCUGUAGACAACACUAGCUGCUCUCCGCCAUCCUUCCCUGCAACAAGAGGUGGGAGGUGAUGGAUGAGUGAACCUGGCAUGUCAGUCCCUCUCACCACAUCCCAAACCAGAGCUCAGAGCCUGCAGCUUGAGCUGGAGCAGUGCCUGGCAAGCCAGGGGAUCAUCCAGGCUUGAGGAGCACACAUCCUGCCAGCUCUUUCAUUUCCAGGAGGGAAGCUUAACUCUCUCCUGCUUGCAGGAAAGCCACAAGUCCCAUGUUGAAAUUACACUCACAUCACCACUGAAACAUUCCUGGAGGCCAUGCAAACCUCUGCUCCUUGCUGAAAGUCCCAUGGCCAGGCAGACACCUUUUCUCUGGUCACUCCACUCGGGUCCAGGCGUGUGCUUGGACACUUUUGCUCGGGAGGACUUUAGCUGCAUCCUUCCUCCUGAAGGGAGCACAGAGGGAUUUUUGUAUGCUGGGCUUCUCACAGGCUUAGACUCAGAGAAAGGAGAAGCAGCAGCAGCUCUGGGGAUAAUCCAGAUUUUAAAGAAAAUUUGAAAACCACAAGUAUGGUGACUUCCAGACCAAGGACUGCACCGGCGCUGGAUUGGGAUUGUGUCUCUGUCCCUCCUGUGCAGCCAGGGAGGCGGGAGGAGGCUGCGGCCCCCGGAGCUCUUGCACGCAGCAGUGCAAGCCCCAGGACCUGCCCAGCACGCAGUGAACUCUUCUCUCCUGCUGGUUGCUCAAAACUCAGGUAUGAAAUGCUCAGCUGGAGCAUGGGGUGUGAGGUCUCCGCAGGUUUCCCGGCAGCCCUGGAGGAACAGGCGCCACUGAGCACAGCUCCCUGUGCCACUCCAGGCUUCUCAUCGCCUUUGGAAGGGAGUUUCACCUCUUUGGUACAACAUUGGCUACGUGGACAUUACACAAACUGUGCACAUUGGUUCAGUCUACGCUUAGUAUUUGUGAAUUAAGUUAUCUGAUGCUUCGCAUGAAAACUUAAAAAAAAGGGGCUUGGGGGGGUGGAUUUUAACUGAGAAAAAGCCUAUGAAAAUAUACUGGAAAUAUGGUAAAGAAAUUGACAUUCUGCUGUAUAUUGACAGAAUUAUUUUUAUUAAAAUACACAUCCAUGUGCAA